GAAAAUAAUGAUAUUAAUAUUAAUAAAUUUGAAAUUAGAAAAAAACAUAAUAUUACUUUGGGAAAUGAUGAACGAUUUAAACUUGAUAAACGUUUUAUAGAAGAUGAUCAAAAAUUAAAUAAAAAUAUUACUAUAAAUAAUAAUGAAAUUGAUUUAUUAAAAGAAAAGGAAUUACAAUUAGAUAUAUUAGAAAAUAUUUUGGGAGUACCAGUUACUUUAAAAAAUGAAAAUAUAAAUAAGAAUGUAAAACUUUUAAAAAAAGAAAUGAUUAGAUAUGAUCCUACAGAAAAUGAUCAUAAAGAAUAUGAAAUUAAUAUAGAGAAAUCUGAAUUAGAAACCAAGAGAGAUAAAAAAAAAAAAAUAAAUAAAGUUAAAGUCUUAAAUGAAAAUCCAUCUAUAGAGGUGUCCAAAGAUCUAUAUUUUUCAAUAUCAGAUUCAUUAUCAAAAAGUUUCAAAGAAGAAGGACAAUUUAGUUUACUAAAUACAUAUAGAAAAAAAAUAGAUGAGGAAAAAAGAAAUGAUAAUGAUAAUGAUAAUGAUAAUGUGUCAAAUAUGUCAUUAAAACCUCAAAAGAUUCAUUUUGAUUUCAAUUCAAAGAAGCCAUUUAAAUAUGAUUCUUCUGAUAAUGAAGACAAUAAUAAACAAGAAUAUAUAAAUAAUAAACAAUAUAUACAUCAUGAAAUUAAAGAUACAAAUAAAUUUUUCUUUGACAUUAAUGAUAUUUGUUUUAAUGAGGUAGAAAAUUUUUUUUCAAAAGAACAUGUAUCAGAAGAUACAUUUAAAGAACUUAGACAAGAAUUAAAACAAAUUGUACGCUCAAAAAUUCGAAAAAAUUUGAAAAAGAAACAAUCGUGGGGAUAUAAAAAGAAAAUAAAAAAAAAAUAAAUAAUAAAUAAAUAAAAAGAAAAUAAAUAAAUAAUAAAAAGAAAAAAUCUUUAAUGUAUAUUUUUAUUAAGAUUUUAAAUAUGUAUAAGAUAUUAAAUUUAUAAUGUUUUUAAAAAAGAGAAAUAAAAUUUUGUAUGAAGGUAUCAUAUAGAAUAUCUCAUAUAAAAUACAAAAUAUCACUUUUUUAAUAUGA